AUGGCUUCAGUUGUUGUGUACGCAGCCGGUGCUGUUGGGCUAUGGGCAGCGGCAAGGUUUUACAACCAUCAGCCAGCUACCAGUCCCACAGCCUGCAACCUGCUUAGUUCCCAACUUCAAGGACUUGUUUCCCUUACGCACAGUCCCGGCUACAACGAGUCCAUCGCGUGCGUGGUCCGGCCCACCUCCGCCAGAGAUGUCUUAAUUAUUGUCGAGAUUAUGGUCCUAGUGCACCGCGAGCGGGGUGAGCCGUUUGCUAUCCGCAGCGGCGGACACGGCUUGUCUGCCGGGGCAGCGAAUAUCAAGGACGGCGUUACCGUCGACCUCCGCAGCAUCAGCACCGUCGAGGUCCUGGAUCCGCUCAACAUUAUCGUCACAGGUGGAUGCGAUGCUGCCAUCGGGGCAGGAGGCUUCCUGACGGGUGGUGGCAUCGGCGUCCCCAGCGUGACGGCAGGAUGGGGCUGCGACGACGUGCUCGAGUACGAGAUUGUUGUGGCCAGCGGGGAGAUUCUGCGUGUUUCUGCAGAUAGACAUCCGGAUCUCUUCGUGGCUCUGAAAGGCGGGUUGAACAACUUUGGUGUGGUGACCCAAUUCACUAUGCGGACGCACCCCAUCGGCAAGCUGUGGGCGGGCUUCACCGCGUACCCCGGGGCGGAUGCGCCGCGCCUCCUGGCCGCGUACUUGGACUUCAUGGAGCCGGCGAACAGGGACCCCCAUGUGGGCUUGAUUGAGUUGUACGGCUGGACGUGUAAGCAUGCCGCCGUCUAUGCGACUUUGAUCCUGCUGUACUCCCUGCCACACCCGUAUCCCGCGGUCUACCAAAACCUGAUCGACAAUAGCACCGUGCUGUAUAACACCUUGCGAGCGAUGAAUGAAGUCGAUUCAGAAGAAAGUGGAUACAUUAUUUCUCGGUACAACCGUCGAAGUUGCAAGGAUACUGUAUACUAUAUAAAUCGUGUGGGAUGA